AUGCCACGUGAUAGGAAGCCAUAUCGCCGUGGGAUAACACAGCUCCCUCGCCGAGGAGCUGGGCGCUACGGGCACGUUGUUCUUGUGCCCUAUGGAAGGAGCUCGUUCCAGUUUGAAGACCCGACGCAGAGACCGCCACGUGGGUACUCGAACAUCCUUGGGGGCCUACUUAGGUGGUAUUUCCCUGGGAUAGUCAACUUGCCUACUGGUGGCUGCGACGUAGCUUGGAGGUGGGCGCACUACAGCCUCGCGGAAGAUCCUCUUGGCCGCGGCACCGCGGCGGAUAUGGUUGUUGCCAAAUUCUGGAAAUACUUCAAGAGGGCCGAGGGCAAGGAGAAUGCGUGCGAUGAUGUCCUACACCAGCUUGCAAGGAAGAGGGUGACUGGCAUGCACUACGAGGCACGUAUUCAAUGCGUCCCCAGCAGCAGACACAGAUGA